AUGACCCCUUACCAAGAACCAUUAUAUGAUAAGGCCAUUGCCGAUGUUGCAGACUAUGUUUUCCACUACCGACUCGAUGCGAGUGAUGAACACAUAUGGGAAAUAGCACGCAUGGCACUUUUGGAUGCAUUGGGGUGUGCGAUUGAAACAGCAGCUACUAUAACAGACUGCUGGAGGCUCCUCGAGCCUAUCAUUCCGAAUACUCGUGUCCCAGACGGAUUCCGUGUACCCGGGACAAGAUUGGAGGUCGACCCUAUCGAGGGUGCAUUCGACCUGGGAGUUCUGAUAAGAUAUUUGGACCACAAUGAUGCGCUUGGGGGAGCUGAAUGGGGACAUCCAUCAGAUAACUUAGCAGCCAUUCUACCUGUCAUGGACUGGCUAUCUCACACUUCGAAUUAUGAACACAUUCAUACAGGACCUGCUUUGACGAUGAGGACGCUACUGAUCGCGUUGAUCAAGGCAUACGAGAUACAAGGAUGCUAUCAGAUGCGGAAUGCAUUCAAUACUUAUGGAAUUGAUCAUGUGGUAUUGGUAAAGCUCGCUUCAGCGGCCGUUGUGUCUUGGUUGAUGGGGCUCACAAAAGAGCAAACUAUGGCUUCGAUUUCACAUGUCUGGAUGGACGGACAGCCCAGCCGUACCUACCGCUCCCGCGAUCACACAAUCCCACGAAAAGGAUGGGCUGCAGGAGAUGCUGCACGAAGAGCUGUCCAGCUUUCGUUGUAUGUCAGGGCUGGCCAGCCGGGGGUAUCAAAGGCGUUGUCUGCAAAGCCGUGGGGGUUUUUGGCGCAGACAUUUGGCGAAAAUGGGUUCGAGUUUCCGAGGCCCUUUGGUACUUGGACCAUUCAGAAUGUUUUCUUCAAGACCAUGCCAGUUGAGGGUCAUGGAAUCUCAGCAGUUGAAGCGGCCCUUUUGCAGCUCCGUCGGAUGCAGGAGCAAGGCCUGUCUGAUCCGGCGAGGCAUAUUGAACGCAUAGAGCUGCGCACCACUGCUGCGGCCGAUCUUAUCAUCCACAAGAGUGGGCCGUUGCGUAACGCCGCAGACAGAGACCAUUGCAUCAAAUUUGUUGUUUCCUUGUCAUUCUUGAAAGGCAAUGCUCCUGUAGCUGCCGACUACUCCAAUGAUAGCCAGUGGGCAGUGAGUGAGGAUUUGGAACGACUCAGAGAAAGGAUAGUCGUCCACGCAGAUUCUCAACUCACUCAAGACUACCUUGACCUGAGUAAGAAGAGCAUCAGCACAGGGGUGACAGUUGUUCUAGUGACCGGAAAAGUUCUUCCGGAAAUAUUGGUUGAGUACCCCAUUGGACAUGUGCGAAACGCGCAAACCAAACCGGCCCUGCAUGAAAAAUUCUUGCACAACAUGGCGCAUAUGUUUUCAGAAACAGAGACUGGUAAGGUAUUGGAGACAGUUCGGGAUAUGAAUACACCCAUCACGGAACUUGUGAACUUGCUCGCUCGACCAGUGGCCAAGGCAAAGCUGUGA